AUGACCCCCGAUAAGGCCGAAUAUUUCAUUUUAGGAAAUCCGCGAGCGCUGAGCACCAGAUCAGAUUAUGGCCUCCGCCCGCCACCCAUAUGGGUGCAAGUGCGCCUUUUACACAACCCUCCCCCGCUCUGGGAUGGGUUAUGUUGUGGAGGUGGACCUCUAAGGCUUGCUUUUGAACAAGAAUACAAGACGAAUACGACACUGUUCAAAGCUACCGGUGUAUUCUUAAACUUCGCCCGUGAACAGAAUCACAUGCAUGUACAAGUUUACGUUCCAAAAGAAGACUCAAACUGGCAUGCUACUACAUCCUUCUGGCACUCUCAUCCGAGCAGUUGGAAAAAGAAUUAUCAGAAAAAGAGCAAACAGUUAAAGAACAAGAGGAAAGAUUUCAAAGUGAAUCUUUUAAAAAUACACUCUCG